AUGGCAACAUUGGCCAGGUACACAGGCAAUGCUGGCGUGGUCUCUUCGCCCAGCGAGGCAAAGCCGGGAAAAUUCUGCAUUCUCACCAUGAACUGCGCACUGCAAGUUCUUCUAUCUGCAGAGCAGGCCUACCAGCAGUGCUUUAUGCUGGUUGCAGAGGUGACUGCGGCCUGGACUUCCAGCGUUUCAGCGCUGAGCCCUGUGGCGAUGGCCGACCUGGAAGGGCGGAAGAACCGAGACAACGAGGGCCUGAUGAUGCGCGCCAGAAGGGAGCGGCCAGAGGGGAGGGAGGUCGGCGGCAUGAGGGGUCUGUGCGUUAUGGUUCCGGCCUUAGCAGGACAGCGAACGCGUCAGUUGGCAGUGAGGCUGCAGCGCCUUCCCACUGAGCUUUCGGGAGAAGCUCUGGAGGAGUGGACGCUCAAGGCAAUGCAUGUCCGAAGGGAUCAAGCUGCAAAAGGGCAAGUUAGCUGCUAG